CCCCAUUAUAGAAACACCAGGAGGAAAAUCAGAGAUACAGAGAAGGCUAAUUUUGGAAAUGAGAAAAUUCGAUCCAUGGCCCAUCUUUUUCCGCAGGGAAUGGAGUCGUAACUGGCCGUUCCUGGUCGGUUUUGCAGUCACCGGCACUAUAAUUACCAAAAUGUCCCUCGGUUUCACUGAGGAGGAGGCAAAGAACUCUCGAUUUGCGCAAAGGCAUAAGAAGUAA